UGUAAUCUCAGCAGGUAGAAGAAGAGAGUGCUGUGAAAAACCCAAGCCUUUUUAACCUACAGGCACUCAGUGGUAAUCAGGCACUCCAGCUGCCACUGUCUUAUGCAACGGGGGGGGGUCACCACCUGAGAGAGUAGCGAGAGGGGAGGAACACACAUAUGACCCUUGGAUCAUAACAAAUAUGAAUUUAUUUGACCCACCUUUUGCGAUGUGGGUGCAGGUAAUGAGGGGAGUUUCCACCAUUAUUUGAGCACAUUUUAUGGCAUGAAUGGAUUUUUCAUUUCGUUGCUUUAUGAAGUUAAUUUAGAACACUUUUAAGUUCGUUAAACACAAUAAUGUAAUUUUUGAGGUUUCCAGAAUUUCUUAAAAGUGAGUUGGAACGACUACUUAUACUAUUUGUGUAACUUUACAGUUUCCUCGUGGUUUGUAAAAUAUAAUGCUCUGAAGCCAGUAGACUUGUUCAUGUCUGCGAUUGGUAAUGUGCUGCUACUCACUGGAUUGGGAAACACGGGGUUGACUUACUGAGUUGAUAACCAGCUUUGUGUGACCGCUUAUCCUGAUCCCAAUUGUUAGGGCUAGUGAAGAAGUUAGUAACACCUCUGACACACCCACCUAAUGAGACAAAAAGAUACCUCAAAGCCUGCUGUACACUGUUUCGAGGAAACAUGUUGUUCAACUCAGACACCGUACCAAACUGGUGCAAAACGUUGUUAUGUUAAACGUGCCCCAUAUUUAAAUUUGACAGCAACAAUAUGAUUGGCUGAUAAAAUGUGGUUGCAAAUCCUGUUUGGUUAACUGAAAGUGGACACCCAUCUCAGCUGAUUAAGAUAAACAGGAAGAAAGAGGGAGAGAGAUGUGAAUGAACAUACCCUGAGCUUACUUUGAUGUGAAACGAAGUUACACUGCAGAGCUGCAAUCAUUCGCACUAUGAUGAACUUCAUCUUGACAACAGCUUUAAUUAUCUGCAGCAUCAGCUGGAUCUCUGUCUCAGUUUCUGAGUCUCAGACUGUGAAGGUCCAGCCUGGUCAAGAAGUCACACUGUCGAGUACCAACAUUUCCAAACAUUCAGGCAUGACAACCUGGUUCAGAGUGGUCAACAGAACCAAGGCCAGCUGUAUCUCCGUUAUGGCCAAGGCUGACAGCAAUCCUAAAUACUUUGAUGGAGUAGAAAAUGGAAAAUUUGAAAUGAGCUCCAACACCUCCACUGUCUUUCUCAAAAUUAAGACAGUGAAUCUUUCUGACUCUGGGCUGUAUUUGUGUGGAUUUUACAUAGAGGGACAGACAAUUUUAAGUGUGAUACAUUUAAAUGUUGAAGGCAGUGAUGAAUCUCAUGAUGACGUUGACAGAAAGUCUACAAAGAGUGAUAGAAUAGCAAACCUGAUGAGUGUGAUCCUGGGCGGCCUGACUGUUUUCCUCAUAAUGGUCAUCAUCUGUCUGGUUGUUAAAAACAGGAAACUUCAAAAAGCUGCCAACGAAAAACAGAAUCUACAACAGCGUGAGAAUCUGGACUCUGAUGACCUGAAAGCACUGAGUUUGUAUUCAACAACAAUAAGAAACAGGAGGCCUGCAUCAGAGAGAGAAGUGGAAACUCAUGUUGUUUAUGCUGCCAGCAGAUAGAAUAAUGCUAUUAAUCAUAUUCAUCAAUUGAUGUUCUUAUGUGGGUUUGGGGGGGGUUACCAUUUUCUUAUUUAAAUCUUGAUCUUUUAGUCUCAUGAAUCUCUCACUCUCUGUCUUUCUAACUCUAGAGAGACUGUCCACAAAGACAAUAGAUAGAUGGAGGUCUGCAGAUGGAGGAGUGAGAGAGGCACGCAUCAUUUGUUUAACAGGAAGAGACAGCAGAGUGGUCUGAGCACAGCUGAGCUGAAAAUCAUGAGGUCACUUAAAUUAAAUCUGAAUCUGAAUCUGAAUAAAGUCGGACAUGAAGCAGUGAAUACUGGCUGACUUUCCUCUGCCAAGCAGACAAAGUGAUCAGGUUCUAUAUUUUUAUAGAUAUUUUGGAAACUGA